AUGAGUGGUUUAUUUUCUUGUUUUCAAUCGAAAAUUUCUCAAUCGUCAACAGCACAAGAAAUAAAUAUAUUAUCAUUAAAAACAAAAUUACCUCCUAAAGAUAUUCAAGAAUGGUAUUUACGUUUUGUUCAUUGUUAUCCAUAUGAAUAUUUAUCACGUCAACAAUUUAUUAAUUAUUAUCAACAAUUAAUUGAUGAACAUAGUAUAAAAAUAAAAGGAAAAACAAUGUCACGAGAUGAAUUAAAAGAAUUUCUAAGAAAUAUGUUUGAUCUAUUUGAUAUUCCAUCAUCAAAAAUUCAUAUUAAUCAAGUUAUUAAUAAGAUUUUUCAAAAAAAUUCUCUUAAUAAAUAUGAUAAAAUCAAAUGGGAUCAAUUUGUUAAAGAAAUUCUUAAUGAUGAGACUUUAUUUCAACAAUUAAUUUCAUUAGAUUUUAAUCAAGAUUAUUCUCAACAUUAUUCAUUUAUUCAAACGUAUCAAACAUUUUAA